GAUUAAGCUCACACACACACAUCCAAAUAAUUCUCCAGCCCUGACCUAAAGGUCACUUGCUGAAACACUGUAACAGAAACACUGGAUGCCGCUCCAUACGGAAUCUAUGAGAGGCAGGAAUUAAGGAAAAAUUGGGGAUCCUCGUCGCCCAUUGAGGAAUCUUGAAACAGGUGAUGGGCUACAGUCUGGUUUCCACUAUAAAGCUACCAGAGAGCCACCUGUAAAUGAAUCAAGAUGGGAUUUUAUGGAUAUCUGGUGUAUUUCACAACGUAUGUAGCUUGGAGCAACUAACUCAACCAAUGAUUACUACAUCAAUUUGAUAUGGAAUUUACUGGCUGAAUAGAAGAUACAGAAAGCCAAGGGGAACAAAAUACAACCAGGGAUACUAUUUCAAUUAUUGAUAGUUGGGGCAUUGACGAAGGAAGAUGAGAUGGUGAAGAUCUUGGCUGGGAAGUCUCCUUGAUGCUGACUGUUCUGUUCUAUAAUCCUAAUAGGGAUACUAAGUCAUUGCUUUACUCACUGAGGAGCUCAGGAUAUGUUCUUUAUUGUGGGUUUUAAUAACAGGGAACCUGUGCACCUUCAAUGAAAUGGGCUCUUAAAUGUGUGAAGCACCUCAUAAUGUAUCCCACCUGAUCAAAGAACGACAAGUUUUCCAGUAACGGCAGCACCUAGACAUUAUUGGACAUAGAACCCAUGGCCUCUGAAAGACAUUAGCCGGGCAGUUACAAGCUACAGGACAAUGUUCUGUUUUCCUCAAAGUCUUGUAGACUUCUUUCUAACUCCAACAAGACUACAAGGAUCUAGAAGACGUUGUCCAAAGAGACCCACAAGGACGUUUUCCUUCUUGUUAUCUUGCUGGUGGCUAUUUAUGGUAGUUUUUAUGAAUUCUUUAGGCGUGGAAUGUACAAAUUUUACUGUGGGUGUAGUUGGCCCAUGGCAAUGUGACCCAUUGUUCUCCAAAGCCUUUCCAGAGUUGGCUGCAAGGCUAGCAGUCCAGAAGAUUAACAGUGACUCCAGCCUAGGACUCGGUUUUACGUUUGACUACAGAAUCUUACAAGAAAACUGUGAAACUUCUAAAGCUCUUGUGGAAUUCUCAAGUUACGACAAACACUCAUCCGCAUUCAUAGGCCCAGUGAACCCCGGCUAUUGUGACGCUGCCACGCUUUUAGCGAAAAACUGGAACAAGGCGUUGUUCUCAUGGGCGUGCAUCAAUCAUGAUUUGGAUGAUAAAAACAGUUUUCCGACGUUUGCCCGGACAAUGCCUAUGCCCACAAAGGUUCUCUUCCAAUUUAUGAAGUAUUUUCGGUGGGCCCAUGUUGGAGUUGUGUCUUCCAAUGACGAUUUGUGGGUGGAUACCGCUCGGAAAGUAGCGAGUGCCCUGAGAAAUCACGGGCUCCCCAUUGGCAUUGUAACAAGCAUGGGGAAUGGAGAAGAAGGGCUCAGAGCUACUUUGGCAAAAAUUGAAGAAGCAAACGAUCUACGAGUUAUAAUUAUGUGUAUGCAUUCUGUGCUGAUCGGAGGAGAAGAUCAGGGCACCUUUCUAUCCCGGGCGCAUGACAUGGGACUCACUGACGGGAGAUACGUUUUUGUUCCGUACGACACCUUGCUUUACAGCCUGCCUUAUAAAAACAGUUCCUACCAGGUUCUUGAGAAAAACCCAAAGCUGAAGGCAGCGUACGACGCAGUGCUGACCAUCACCAUGGAUUAUGAAGACCUGUCGUUUUAUGACGCGUUUGCAAAGGCUAAAGAAAACGGGGAGAUAAAAACAAGUCUGGAACCCCAACAGGUUUCCCCACUUUUUGGAACUAUCUACAAUGCAAUGUACCUCCUGGCAAACGCAAUGAGCAGCGCCUGGAGACAAGGAGCCUGGAUCUCCGGAACUAACUUGGUCGACUAUACUAAAAAUCUGGAAUAUCCUGGGUUUACACAGACACUUUACACAGAUGGAAAGGGAAAUGAUCUAAGCAGUUUCGUGGUGUUGGACACUGAUGGGAAAGUCAAUCAGCUCUUCCCCACAUACUCCGUGGAGAUGUCUUCCAACUUGGUCCGUUUUUUGGGAAAGACAAUAAGGUUCCCUGGUGGGACACCUCCUCCUGCCGACUCCAGCUGUUGGUUUGAUCCAGACACCUUGUGCAUAGGAGGUAUUGAGCCUUAUAUCGUCAUAGUGAUAUUUGGCCUGGUGUUUGCUUUGGCUCUGUGUGGAGUUGUGGUCUCUUAUCUUAUCAGGCACAGCAUCCUGCAGAUCCAACUGGUUAAAGGGCCCAAUAAGAUACUCUUGUCUCUGGAUAACCUAACGUUUAUAAACCCAAAGCUGAGUAUGAAGAAACUCAAUAUUGACAACAUUAGUGAUACCAAAAGCAUUUCUGACUGUAAGAGCUUGAAAUCAGUAACCCGAUCUUUGUCCACAAAGAGUUUAGGAGCCAGUCAUGAAACCUCCAGUGUGGCUAUUUAUGAGGGAGAUUGGGUUUGGUUGAAAAAAUUUGAACCUGGAGUAUACAAUGAGUUGCGUCAGAGCACGACCAGCACCCUGAGGAAGAUGAAGGAUCUUAGGAAUGAAAACGUGAACCCCUUUCUGGGCUUCUUCUCGGACUGCGGAAUCUUUGCCAUAGUUACAGAACAUUGUUCUAGAGGGAGCCUGGAGGACUUGCUGAGAAAUGAAGAUGUGAAGCUGGACUGGAUGUUUAAAUCUUCUCUGCUCCUGGAUCUGAUUAAAGGCAUGAGAUAUUUACACCACCGCGACUUUCCUCAUGGUCGGUUAAAGUCUAGGAACUGUGUGGUUGAUGGGAGGUUUGUGUUGAAGAUCACGGACUAUGGAUACACUGAUAUUGUUGAAAGCCAGAAAUCCCCCCGUUAUACUAGUCCCCCAGAAGAAUUAUUCUGGACUGCACCAGAAUUGCUCCGGGAUCAGUCGUUGUGCAGGAGAGGCACUUUUAAAGGGGAUGUGUACAGUUUUGCCAUUAUAUUACAAGAGGUAGUAGUGAGGGGUCCUCCAUAUUGUACGUCUGGACUUUCAGCCGAAGAAAUCAUAAGGAAAGUAAAGAAACCUCCUCCUUUGUGUCGACCAACAGUGGCUCCUGACCAGGCCCCUCUGGAAUGCAUUCAGCUAAUGAAACAAUGCUGGAGUGAGCUGGCCGAGAGGAGGCCUACCUUCGAUGAGAUCUUCGAUCAGUUUAAAACUAUCAACAAAGGCAAAAAAACAAACAUAAUCGACUCCAUGUUGAGAAUGCUGGAGCAAUAUUCAAGUAACCUGGAAGAUCUAAUCAGAGAGAGGACGGAGGAACUGGAGAUUGAAAAGCAAAAGACCGAAAAGCUUCUUUCUCAGAUGCUGCCCCCAUCCGUUGCAGAAGCCCUUAAAACAGGAGGCACAGUGGAGCCGGAAUAUUUUGACCAAGUUACUAUCUAUUUUAGUGACAUUGUAGGAUUUACUACAAUAUCAGCCCUUAGCGAACCCAUCGAGGUGGUGGAUCUCCUGAAUGACCUCUAUACCCUGUUUGAUGCAGUUCUUGGUAACCAUGAUGUUUACAAGGUAGAAACAAUUGGGGAUGCGUAUAUGGUAGCAUCGGGGCUCCCGAAGAGAAACGGAAACAGACACGCCGCUGAAAUCGCCAACAUGUCUCUCGACAUCCUUAGCUCCGUAGGAACCUUUCAGAUGAGGCAUAUGCCCGAUGUACCCGUCAGGAUACGAAUAGGGCUGCAUUCAGGGCCGUGCGUAGCUGGAGUCGUAGGCCUUACGAUGCCCCGUUAUUGUCUCUUUGGAGACACAGUGAACACUGCUUCACGGAUGGAAUCCACAGGACUGCCUUACAGAAUCCAUGUUAACCAAAGUACAAUAGCAACACUGCGCACGCUAAAUGAACAUUAUAAAAUAGAACUUAGAGGAAAAACUGAGUUAAAGGGAAAGGGAGUAGAGGAAACAUUCUGGCUUGUAGGAAGAGAAGGAUUUACCAAACCCUUACCGCGCCCCCCAGACAUAAAGCCAGGGUGUGUUGCCCACGGUUUAACAGCGGAGGAGGUGGCAGAGUUCAAAAGGAGAAAAGCAGCGAAGCUCCUUGCUAAAAAGCACUAGAUAUGAGGGAGGAUUGGGAAGACACAAUAAAUAAAGAAAUCAAAUCAAUCUUUCGGAAAGUAAGGAAGACCCGGGUUAGCUAAGGACAAGGGAACAGCUAUGGGCACAACUAGUGCCCUGAACUUGCACAAGAGUUGGGUUUAGAUGGAGAGAAUCUACUGGAGUGGGGGCUCAGGAAUGGUGGUACGAUGAACCCAUGACAUAGAACAAUGAAGAGGCUCUGUCUGGGCAACUGAUUUAUUUCACCUGGAAACCAAAGUCUCAGUAAUGGAUGCUACUGCACUACUGUAUAUUUACAAAUUAUGAACAUAUUAAUAUUUGAUUGAUUUAUUUUAAAUUAAAGGAGAAGGAAAGCUAGCGAGGCAGUUUAUUGCAAAUAGAUUAAUCACAAU